AUGGUCCAGCUCAAAGAUGUGAUUACGGGAAUGCGAACCUCAGACAGCUGGACUCGAGCUCCUGAACUCUCCUCCUUCGUCAACCUGUGGCGCGCACUAGACCAACUAGAUGCUGUGCACAAUUAUAUGGCCUUUUUCCGGCGGAUUCUACUGCUACGCAUGGCUUAUCAGCGUGACCGACGCACGGAAACAGUCCGAGACCAAAUACAGAGUGCACAAAGGACACGCCAAUCCUCAACGUCGGGCAAAGUUGAAAGUAUCGUGCUUGAUGGGCUUGUUCGAGAAAUAUUUCCACAUACCACUGAAGAUUCUGAGGGGAUGAAUAUUCAACAAUGGCGGGAGAAGUAUGACCCAGAAAGAAAGAAACUGAGCAACCGUUUAUUCGCAGCCAAAAACUGGCGACGCGCCGUCGAGGUGUUCGGUUUUGGCAUCCUUGCUCUGAUUCCCACUGCAGGGGUCUUCAGAAUACAAAAUCAAAGACUAUGUGAAACCCUGUUAAAUCUUCUGAAGGAAAAGGGAAAUGGUUAUGUUCGUGAUGCUGCAGCACUGCUCACGCCAUUUGUCCAGGCCGUGUAUGAUGGAAGAGACUACGUAUCAAAGAUAGUAGUCGAACAUCUAAAUGAGUUGAACUUGGAGCCAAUGGACCCGUCGAGAAUCGUCGAACUCUGCAAUGAAAUACCAGAGAGCGAGCAGGACGAGAACUGA